CCCUUUGAUAGAGUAAACGCACACAUGUCCGCAACGAACACCAUUUUCGUCGAGGGCGCUACUGAGGCUCAGAUUGUUGAAGUCACCUCUUAUAUUGCCAAGUUGCAGGGCGAUGAGAGCGAAACUCCUGCUUAUGUUUCGGCCAUAUCAGAAAAACUCGCUGCUGACAAGCAAGCCGAGGUCUUGAACCAGAUUGCCGCAGACAGCCCCAUUCUUCUUACAGCUCCCGUGAAAGUUGAAGCGGAAGGUGCCUUGAACUUGGUCAUCGCCAUCCUCCAAGGAAACGAUGAAGCUGUCAAGACUUUCAGCAAGGCUCUCGUUGCUGAAGAUGCCGAUAGAUUCAAUAUUAAGCAAAAGAUCUUGCUCAACUUGUAUAACACUUGCCCUUCUAACUCCCGACUACGCUACGAUAUCUUCAUCGCCAUUUUUGAUGCUGUUGUUAAGAAUGAUGAUUUGGAUUCUUUGAUGUCGCAGUUCGACUACGUCGAUGUUUGGGCCAAGGAAUGGGGUUUGGAUCUUGAGACCGAACGUGCUCUUUAUUCCCACUUGGCUGAGCAACUCAAGGCUGCUGGUGAAGAACGAGCUGCCUAUGAGUUUUUCUUGAAGACUCUUGCCACUUACAACGAUUCACCUGAUGCCACCUCAGCCGAAUAUGCUAAGCAAGCUAUCUCCACCGCCAUUCAAAUGCCCAACUGCUUCGCUUUCGAAGACCUUUUGCAAUACAAGCCUUUGCAACAGUUGAAGGGUACGCCUGAAUUCGAACUUCUCAACAUCUUCCUUAAUGGAAACCUCCAAGAAUACAACCAAUUUGCUGGCCAACAUCAAGAUCUUCUCGCCAGUUUUGACGUUGAGAGCAAUAUUACCAAGAUGCGUUUGUUGUCACUGGCAUCUUUGGGCUCAGAGAACUUGUCCAGAGAGUUGACUUAUGGUGAAAUUGCCGCAGCAUUAGAGAUCUCGGAAUCCGAAGUCGAAAUGUGGGUCAUCGAUGUUAUCCGCGCCGGUUUGGUUGAGGCCAAGCUCGAUCAGCUCAACAAGACCGUUAUCGUUUACCGAAGUAUCUACCGUGUAUUUGGCAAGGAGCAAUGGCAGCAGUUGGAUAGCAAGCUCAACAGCUGGAAGAACAGCCUUACCGACAUCUUGGCUGUUAUUGGCAAUGCAAAGUUGAUCGCUGGUAACGCUAUGCAAAACGGUGGCGCUGCUGUUGUAAUUGACUCCACCGCUGCCAACACCAGCACAUCUGUCAAGAGCAGUUCUUAAAAGCACCCUAUACAGCCAAAUUUCAUAAAGUGUUUUCGUCUUCUUGUCUAAUUGUUCCAAUAAACUUACAGUCUCACUUCAUCAUGUCAUUUCGGGUCAUGUCCUUCCUGCACCAAGUACUUCAUCCUUUUUAUGAAGUACCUCCCAAAGACCUGU